AGUGACAAACAACUAUCGACUGAGUGGUGCUGAUUUCCUUCGUUUUUCAAUCUCGUCGCUGGCACUCUGCUAGCUCUAAGUUUUCCUGACAGAUUCCACAUGUUUUUCUCGUCUUUAGAGCUGGGGUUAGGGAUGAUACAAUACUGUACAUCUCAGUGGGGGUGUCGUGUAACCUUUCAGCAUCUUAGGUCAUGUUAUAAAGAGUUUUGAACAAUGAUGAAUAAUUAUAUUUUCAUCAGGGUCGUGGGGAAAGGGAGCUAUGGGGAGGUGAACUUAGUGAAACACAGAAUAGACCGAAAACAGUAUGUUAUUAAGAAGCUUAAUUUAACCACCUCUUCCAAGCGGGAGCGGCGAGCAGCAGAGCAGGAGGCACAGCUUCUGUCUGAGCUGCGGCAUCCUAACAUUGUGACAUACAAAGAGUCUUGGGAAGGAGGGGACUGCCAGCUCUACAUUGUGAUGGGUUUCUGUGAAGGAGGUGACCUCUAUCACAGACUUAAACAGCAAAAGGGGGAACUCUUACCUGAGAGGCAGGUGGUGGAGUGGUUUGUCCAGAUAGCCAUGGCACUCCAGUACCUGCAUGAGAGGAACAUUCUUCACAGAGACCUUAAAACACAGAACAUCUUCCUAACAAAAACAAACAUCAUCAAAGUUGGGGACCUUGGCAUUGCACGAGUAUUGGAGAACCAGAAUGAUAUGGCCAGCACACUCAUAGGGACCCCUUACUACAUGAGUCCAGAGCUGUUCUCUAAUAAACCCUAUAACCACAAGUCAGAUGUAUGGGCCUUGGGUUGUUGUGUGUAUGAGAUGUCCACACUGAAACAUGCCUUCAAUGCCAAGGACAUGAACUCACUGGUGUAUCGCAUUGUAGAAGGAAAGCUGCCACAGAUGCCCAGUAGAUAUGAUCCCCAGCUGGGAGAUUUGAUCAGGAGCAUGCUGUGUAAGAGACCUGAAGACAGGCCUGAUGUCAAACUUAUCCUCCGGCAGUCUUACAUCAAAAGACAAAUUGCCAUGUUCCUUGAGGCCACCAAGGAAAAAACUGCCAAGUCAAGAAGUAAAGCUGUGACUGGCAGUGGUGAUUGUAUGGUCAGCAGUGUGGUGUCCCCUCAGCCAAAACCUGAGAGGCUGCCUCCAAGUCCCCAGCCUAAAACCUUUGUCAAAGGGAAACGGAAAGAGGAAAAAUCACAACAGCAUAGAGUUCAAAAUGGCAUCAGCGACUGCGCUUCAGUACAAACACCUCCAUCACCCAAAGCCUCUUCACCUGAUCCUCUUAAAGGCAGCCUUUCAUCUCUGGCAAGCAUCAGCAAUAUCAAUAUUGAUGUCCAACUUCAGGAGGAUGAGGACCUGUUGAAGAGACAGGUGCGGAGGCCCCAGUCAGUUGUGUCACAUCAGUGGGCAGAUGAUGAACAUGUUACUCACAGUGUGUACAAAAGCAACAAGGGAAGAGGGAAACCAGUUCUUUCUCCUCCUCCUUCCCCUGUUAAGACUCCUCUGGAGACUGUGUCAGGAGUUGACAGUACAAGAGGAAGCAAGAGACGGGCAUCCAAUGGACUGGUAGACUUUCAGCCACAAGCCACACCAAACUCUGGCGAUACAUUUUCUGUCUUUGGGGAGAAACAUAUGUCAGAUGUGGAUGAUAAGGAUGAUACCAUGGAGUUACUUAAAGAAGCUGAAAUGCAGAACCCGAAGCCAGAAGUGUUAAAAGGGGCAGCUUUUUCUCUGCCUGAGAGGAGAUCUGCACACAGAUCUAGUGCUGAACAUAUCGGAGGGAUUGUGGAAGUGAAAAUGAACAAAAUUUGUGACACUAUUACCCUUCUCAAGGGAGCUGCAGCACAACACCUACAUACCUCAGACAUCCAAGACAACUUAGAAUCUACUGAAAAGCUGUUAGAGCCAUUUCCUUCACUGCUGGAACCUGUUCAGGAGGAAUCACCUAUACCACUCAGUAAGACGGGUCUGACCAGUCCAUGCCAAACUCUCCCGCACUUCUCAUCAGAACCUUCUAAAUCACAGCAACACAGAGGGAGGGACAUAAGACGGACACAUGGGGAUCCGGACAAGUCAAAUGUGGCCCCUAGACCUUUACCUCCACCUCCUAUUGAGAUCACAGCUGUGGAGGAUAUGAAGAGGAACAAGAGGUGCACAGAAAGCAAGAAAGCUGGUGUGACUGCAGCUUGCACAUCAGUUAAUUCCUCUAAGGAUGGAUUGUUAGCACUGCCACAGGAUCGUCCUCUGUCUGCCAGAGAGAGAAGGAGACUGAGGCAGUCCCAAGAGAGCACCAGUCAGCCAGGUGUUGGCGCUGUAAGAAGGGCAUCAUAUGAUGUUACUUCCUCCAAGGCUGAGCACAAGAGUGUCCCAAUUACCAGGUCCAUUUCAGACUCUGCCUCUGACACCAGCAAUAAGCAGGAUAAGUUGCUGGAGCGAAGGUCAGAUGAAGAUGAAUGUAGGUCAUCCACGAGCUCCACAGAGCGUUCAGAGGGAGACUGCAGGGAGAGGAAGACUGAAUCCAAUGACAUGCAAGAUUUAGUCAACAUGAUGACCCAGACUUUGAGGAUGGAUGUUGGAGACAGUGUAAACGAUGUGGAUAAAGACAGUUUGGGCUCUGAUGCACUGCCAGAAUUUAAACUAAACAGGAAGUACAGGGACACCCUGGUGCUUCAUGGGAAGGCUCGACAGGAAGCAGAGAACUUGUCACUUGGUGAAAUACCAAUAGGCUCCACAUCUGGUCCAGCCAAGAUACGGAGAGUCAUAGAACAGCUGAGAACAGAUGUAAUGAAAGGCCUGGGGGUGAAGCUGCUGGGCAGAGUGCUGGAAAUCAUGGAAGAAGAGGAUGACAGCAAACGAGAACUGUACCUUCGUAACCAGAUGGGGGAUGAGAAGUACCAAGCUUAUGCUGUGAUGGUGAGGCAGCUGAAAUUCUUUGAGGAUAUUGCCUUCAAGGUUUAGAAAACACAAACAUCUACAGUAUACAGUAUAACGCAGCAUUUCCAUGACACCACUUGUGAGAACUUGCCCACAACAGGCCUGCAUUUUGACAGACCCUGCAUAAAAAGAGACUUUGAUUUUGAGAAAAUGGUUCUCAAGUGAAAACUGUUAAUUGUUGUUCCAGAAGAUGAUUUUGUUUGCUGCCAAAAAGAACACAACGGUUAUGCAGCAUUUUCCUCCUGUUUGCAAGAAAGUCCUUAUUUAAGACUGCAAGUUUGGCAUGGAAUUUCUACCAGUCAACCUCAUGCUGGCAAUCAUUACUUUACAUUUUUUGCCUCUUUCAAAUACAAUUUGAAAUGAAAGCUGAAAUUUUGAAGAUACCUAUGCAAAAGAUUUGGGUCAUGUUUUAACACUAUAUCUUUGUAGCCAACACUAAUAAUGUAAACAGAGUUAGAAUAUUGUGUUACUUAUAGUGCAUCUUUGAGGAUGCUAGAUCUUCUGCUUUAUUUUAUCUAUUGUCCCUUCUUAUACACAGAAUAAUGUGAUGUAGAUAUUAACAUGUGAAUUAUUUCUAAUAAAUCUGAAAUUUUUUUUUUUUUUUUACCCAGUUUUCAUAAUGUUGAACCACAGUAAAACA